AUGUUUGAGACCCGGAUCGCGUGCGUGUUGUUUCUUCUUCCUACCUUGGGAAUAUGCUUAAAAGAAAGACCAAAGAAAGACGUUUUUGAUUUUGCAUUUAAUCUCAAAGACACGGAGAGUGAAAUGAAAGAAGAAGACUGGAAGAAAUGCCAGCACCCAGGAGAUAUUCGCAAUGGAAGAACCGAAGUGUGGGGUGAAGGACUACUUCUGGAAUUUGAAUGUGAAGAGGGAUUCUUUGCCAUUGGCAUCACUCAUGGCGCAUGUGAUGUCAUAUCCGGGAAGUGGACAAUCACUCCACCUGUUUGUGUCGCGUCCGGCUGUCCUCAGAUUUCCCCGCCUCGUCGCGGCGUGGUCACGUACAAACACAACGGCGGGGUGGCAGAAAUCACGUGUAGACCCGGCUAUUACUUGGUCGGAUCGUCAUUUCUCAUUUGCGAAAAUGGACAAUGGACAGGGAUUUUUCCUUUCUGUGCAGUGAACGCUAAGGCUCGAACUGAAAUACGACGAAACAUCAAGGUCAGUAAAACAGACGCCAACUUGAAGAGAGCAGACGAGACAUGUUUCCAGCAACACGUCGAACCGCCAACUGUCCCCAACGCCAUCAUGACGACAUCUUACGUGUUCAGCACAUACAUAUCCAGAUACAUAAUGGUUGCCAUCUACACGUGUGUGGGCGGCUACAAGCUGGCUAAUAAAUAUGCCAAUAAGCUGUACUGCAGCAAUUCCGUUUGGUCUGCGGUAGUAAGACCAAUAUGCAAAUCAGAUAACAACCCUUGUAAAAAGUCUAACGGAGGAUGCGCUCACAUAUGUAUUCCAAAGAAAGAUACAUUCGCCUGUUCCUGUAGCACCGGUUACACUCUCGGCCACGACUAUAGAUCCUGCCAAGAUAUUGACGAAUGUCUUUUGGAGAAUGGUGGUUGUGAACAAGAAUGUUUAAAUACAUUUGGGUCAUAUUCCUGCACGUGCGCCUCUGGUUUUAUGGUUAACGGAACCACAUGUGUUGAUAUUGACGAAUGUUCGAACAAGGGCGGUAGUGAAUGUCCCGGCCCAUGUGUGAACUUCCCCGGUAGUUACAAGUGUAACUGUAAUAUAACUGGUUACAAGUCUAGCUCCGCAGACUAUUUCUGUCAAGACAUUGACGAAUGCUUAGUUAAUAAUGGUGGCUGCGACGACCUGUGUAUAAACAAACGGGGCUUCUAUGAUUGCCGAUGUGAAAAACGAGGAUGGAAGUUGGACAAAGAUGAUCACACGUGUAUUGAUGUAAACGAAUGUGAGCGAUAUGGUCAGCAUCUGUGUCGAUAUGGCCACUGCGUGAAUACUGAAGGAUCGUUUCGCUGUGUUUGUAAUCCAGGUUUUCAACCAAAUAAACAUGGCAUGUUCUGUAAAGAUGUCGAUGAAUGCAAUGUAAAUAAUGGUGGGUGCGAAUACGGAUGUAAGAACACUUUUGGUUCUUUUGAUUGCUACUGUGAUCAACAUGGCUAUAAAUUAGCUGAAGACAAGUUUCACUGUGAAGACCGUGACGAGUGCCAGGAAUCCUCAGCAGACUGUGAACACAUCUGUGUGAACACAGUGGGCUCGUUCAGAUGUCAGUGUUCACAGCUGGGAAAGGUGAUCAGUGCCGAUAACAGAACGUGUACAGAGUGUGCCUCUGAUCAUUACUAUAACAGACGAGAUGGUCGUUGCCAUCCAUGUCCAAUCCACGCAGCAGUCCCAGAAUCCGCGAGAAGAUCCAUUGCUCUGUCUGUGGAAGACUGCCGGUGUGUACAAGGAUUUACUGGAGACCCGUCUAGAAAUAUACCUUGCACAGAUAUAGACGAGUGUCUUGGUAAUCUGUUGGGUUGUUCGUAUGGUUGUGAGAACUUUGAAGGGUAUGCCAAAUGUGUCUGUCCCCGUGGUUACAGCACCGAUAUAGAUGGCGUCAUUUGUAGAGAUGUCGAUGAAUGCCAGAAUGACACGGGAGGCUGUAACCACAAAUGCAUCAACACCGACGGUUCAUUUUUCUGUCAGUGCAACGGAUCAGGAUACUAUAUGAUGGACGAUCGCUUAACAUGUAUUGAUAUUAAUGAGUGUAAUGACCCCAAUUACUGUUCUCACGGCUGUGAGAAUAAUGACGGUGGUGUAACGUGUACGUGUGCUACUGGCUAUCAUUUGGAUGCAGACGGCAGAACAUGUGUUGAUACGGAUGAGUGCACCAUGGGCACUUCCCCGUGUGAACAGUUAUGCCAAAACACGGUGGGUUCAUUCGAGUGUUACUGCAAAGGAAACGGCUUCACACUCUCCCGUGAUCAAAAAAAGUGUAUAGAUAUCAACGAAUGCAUGGAAGGUGAUAGCGUGUGUGAUGAAGAAUGCAUCAAUACUCGUGGGUCAUACAUAUGUCAGUGUGACAAACGUGGCUAUCACACUGGUCCAGAUGGGGUAUCUUGUGUAGACCGAGAUGAAUGCCAGGAAUACAAUGGAACUAUCUGUGACCACACCUGUCUCAACAUACCUGGCUCGUACAGGUGCGAAUGUCGACCUGGAUAUAGAUCCAAGGGAAGGUCAUGCUUGGCAUGUCCAGUGGGUUAUUUUCGAGGCGACCUUGACAAUGUUUGUGAACGCUGCCCUUCAUUUUCAUUAACCAACGGGACGGCAAAGACAUCCAUUGACGAUUGCUUCUGUAGACUGGGCUACUGGGGAGAUCCUAGUAGAAAUAUCACAUGUGUGGACAUUGACGAAUGCGAAACGGAUUUCGGGUGCAGUUUUAGGUGCAUCAACACACGAGGCAGUGCGUACUGUGUGUGCGAGCCAGGGUUUAGACUGGUGGAAGAUGGAAAGACAUGCAUAGAUAUUGAUGAAUGCUUGAGCCCAGGGAUCUGUGAAGGCAAGUGCUUCAAUUCAGUUGGUGCGUACAGAUGCGAGUGUCCGCCUGGCCAGUUCCAACAAAGGAGAAGGUGUAUAAACUGUCCAGUUGGAAUGUAUAAAAAUUCAUCUCACACCGGUGCGCUCUGUGAAAAAUGUCCGGUUAACUCGAUUACAAAGAAACCAGGGAGCACCAGUGUCGCCAGUUGCGUGUGUGUUAAGGGAUACACCGGUAACCCGGCUAAAGGCAUCAAAUGCAUUGAUUAUGAUGAAUGCACCUUUAACAAUGGCAACUGUAGCCAGAUAUGCAACAACUAUGCUGGAGGGUUUUAUUGUUCCUGCCACCAAACGUACACUCUACUCGCUGAUAAGACAACCUGCAGGAAAACAUUUUGCAACCCGCUGGCAAAGGUCCAGUUUGGUCAUGUUUCGCCCUGGUCCUGUUACUCCAAGACGGCCAGUCGACUGAGAAAAGGAAUGCUCUGCUCGUUCCGGUGCACGCGUGGAUACCAACUGCAGGGAAAGAGAUAUCGUGUGUGUCAAAACAACGGAACUUGGAGCGGCAGCGACGUAACAUGCGUCCCUAAACGAUGCGAAGGCCUGCACCAGCUGGCUCAUGGUCAAGUUCGUCCCAUAAGCUGCCUGUCUGACAAAGUCCCGUUCCGCAAACGAUGUCUCUACAUGUGUAAUCCCGGCUUUAGGCUCAUUGGUCGAAUGGUCACCAGGUGCAAAGCUAAUCAACAGUGGAGCAGUACGACCAUCCCGAAAUGUGUUCCACGCAGGUAACAUACAUAUCUGAGGGCCACAGAUGAAGCUUGUAUAAUAUAUUAUUGUUAACAUAUAGAGGAUAUAGAAGUAAACGGAGUCGCCAGUUAUUAUCAAAGUCUGUUCCAUGUGAAAUAAGAAUGGAAUGUUGCUGCCGGACUCCCGUGAAUACACACACAUGCACGUGUAACAGUAAAAUAUCAACAUCCACUCAGGGGAUUCGAACCACAGACACUCAGUACGAGAAUCCAGCGCUCUACCAACUGAGCUAAUAGGGAAAUGUCGACUAGCAACUGCCAGUAGGAGCACUUUAUACCAACACUACUACAUACUCCCUCACCCCCGCCCCCACCGCCCUCAAGUGAAGCUACGUCCCAGAGCUGUGGGCCACGGACAGUUGAAAUAAGAAUGGAAUGUUUCUGCCAGACUCCCAUGAACACACACACACAUGCACGCGCGCAACGCAUGCACGUACCCACACGACCACAUAAGCCAUAUUGCAUUGUAUUGUAUCCGCAUAGCCACGCACGUUUUAAGUAUGUUGUUGAAUCGCGCUCUGAUAUAUGGACAAGUGACGAUUGAUUGUAUCUGUUUAUUAAAAUGUAGUUCUGUUUAAA